AUGACAACUCGGAACCUGCUCCCAGAGCUCAAUCAGUACAGACAAAACAAUGUUGCUCUCCAACAGCAGAUCGAAUCAUUGAUGGCGAAGUUGAACGAAUCGAAGAAAAGCGAGAGAGAGCUUCGUUCAACACUAGGACUGACCGAGAUGAGAUGUGCUGAGUUCGAGGACAAGGCAACGCACGCUGACAAGCUUGCCAAAUCCACGCAGGCUCUGCAAAACACUAUAGAUCAUCUCGAAAGCCGUCUCGAGAUCGCCAACACUGAGCGACUGGACGCGGAAGAGCAACUUUCGAAUUUGAUGAACGGGAAAUCACCCUUCGACCUCACCUCCAAGGGACCACCUAGCACGAGUCACCCAGCUUCCGAUAGACGUAUGAGUAUGAGUACGGUCUUCUCGAGCGCUUCGCCUAUCAGUUCAGAGCUUGACUCGCAAGAGAACGCAACGCUAGCUUCUUUUGUUGCGCACAUUGAGCGUCUGCAAGACCAGGUCAGAGAGAAAGAUCAUCGCAUUGCGAAACUGGAGAAGGAGCGAGAACAGCUACGACGAGCACGCAGCGAGCUAGAACAGGAGCACAAGACAACUGCCGGUCGUUCAGGCACACACCACCCAGACACUCACAUGGAAAGCCUUCGAGCCGCAAUCCUGAAUCGCGAAUCCGUAAUUGAGGAGAAGGACAGGGUCAUUUGUACAGUGGAAAGACAGUUGGAACAUCACAAACUCUUGUUGCAAGCGGAAACCAGACGCCAUGCGGCAAUGAAGCUUCACGUGGCUGGGGAAGGGGAAGACAGCUGGCCCGAGCUUGCCUCCAUUGCGAGACGGGAAGACAUCGAUAGGUGGAUGGAUAGGCUCCACGAGCGCUUGAGGAGGGAGCAAUCUAAACAGAAGGGAAAGGCUCUUGCCGAUACUCCGGAUGUGCAGAUGGAGAGCUUGCGACAGGAGAUCGACUUCUACGUUAGGGAAAUCAUUCUCUUCAAGCUCGACAUCAAAGGUUACAAGAGCGACAUUCGAAAGCUGAAGAAGAUCACUGCGCAAAUGGAAGCUUACGGCCGGACGAGCGAUCUGGAAUCUGAAGCAUGUUCUCUCAGGCCAACAGCUACACCUGCUCCCUCAUAUUUCCCGCCGACCACACCAGAGCUCGAUGGCGCCAGUGUUGUCUCGCCUGCUAUAGACGAAGGUCAUAUUGUGACUGCCCUGGGAGGAUCCCCGGUUGCUAUCUCCCCAUUGGCUCCCUCGCGCGAUCGGGACCGCGUCUUCAUGGCAUCAAGAAACUCACGCGAGCUCGACAUACCAGCAACAUUGUAUGAGGUGGCGCAUAAGGAUGAUUACGCAACCGGAGCUGAUCUCAUGGGUGCUGGGGCCUCUUCAAACUUGGUCUUACCGCGGACAGCUACGGUAUGUGCGCGCUGA